GUAGACUCAUUUUCACAAACUCCAACUGCAAGUGAAAAAAUCCCUUGAUUAGCAUCAAUAGCUACGGCUGCAAGUAAUAUUCCUCCAAAUGGCCCUUUAAGAAAACAUCCAUCCAAACCAAUAAAAGGUCUACACCCAGUCAAGUACCCUUGUUGUUGUGCUUUCAAGCAUAAAAAGAAUCUCUUGAAAUGGAGUAGAAAAUCUGCACCAGGAGACCAUCCUUGAACUAAUGCAGUUGACCCCGGGUUCUUUAGCAGUACAAUUUGACAAUAUUUGCGAAUCUUGCGGUAACCUACAACAUAAUCACUAGAGCACAUUUUCUUUACUGCAGCUUUUGCUCUAUAAAGUGUUAGAUUACUCGCUUCCACGCCUUGCUUUUCCAGCAAAAGGGUUUUCAGCACUUGAAUUGGUAGUUCGGGAUGCCUCCUUAAUAGAUCUAAAUACUUAUUUGCAAUCCAUUUUGCAUCAGCCUCCACAUUCUUCUUUGAUCUAAUACAUGUAUGUUUUCUAAUAUACGUCUUCACUUGAAAUGUGGUCAAAUCUGCGAGUCUUGAGGCGUGAAUUCUCCACUUGCAAUUUUCUGCGGCACACACACAGGUAACUCCUGAUUUCUCAUUUUUUAUCCUUGAAAUGGUCACUCCUUGUAUUGCAUAGUCUUUGAGUACACUUCUAAACUUAUCAACACUAUGAACAUGUCUCCUCUUUUGAAGAGAACUUUUCCGUCCAAACCUAGCUGCCACAUCCUCCCCUUAAUAUGUCUUUUCACCUUUGAAGCUAUGAAAUCAUCGCCUUCACUGUCAAAUUCGGUUUCUGAAUUAUCAUCGCCAUCUGAUAAGUCCAUCAUUCUUGCAUUAUUUGGAAGCUCAAUAUCUUCAUAAUGUCUCUCACAUUCAGAACCUUCUUUUUCCACCUCAGUAACUUCAUUUAUAUUUAUUUCAGCAUCCUCAUUAUCGCUCCAAUCAAAUUGCUCAUUAGGAUCAUGAUCCCAAUCUUCAAGGCGAGGUUGCACAUGGGCCCCAUGGUUUUUUCUAUCACCGUACUUGUUGCAUAUCCCAUGAAUAGAUUGGUCUUCAAUAUAGCUGUCAAGCUCAACCUCUUCCUCAUUAGUCCCUGUAUCUGCUCUAGGACCUUGCUCUACAUCAGUUUGAAGGAGGCAUGUGAAGGGAAAACCAGGAUGUUCUAUACUAAGUGGCAGCCAGUCAAUCUCAAAGUUUACAUUUUUCAACCGACGAGCUUCAUGGUCAUCAUAAAUACUCAGAAGUUGCCUGUCAGUCAGUAUUUCUAUCUUCUCAUCAUUCAAAGGAGAUGUUGCGUACACAACAUACAACUCACUACCAUCUAAACACAAAUUCAGCGCCUUGCUUUUCACACAAUUAACCAUAUCGAUCAAGCUAGUGUUCUCACUGUCCAAAUUCUUAAAGUGAUACAAACUCCCAUUGCACAAAACUUGGACAUUGAAAAUUCCCAUUCCUAAAAGAGAGAGGAAAUGUAAAUCAACUUAUUAAAAUCAUUUAAUAUGAAAUAUAAUGUGUGUGACAAAACAUUAAUAAAUCAAAAUUUUCCAAUGAAUUCGGGAAAUAAAUAAAUUUUCUACUAUCAAUAAAUAUAAGUAAACUUUAAGAUGAGUAGAGAACUGUGUUAAGCAAAUUUUAAAAAUUCCCAGCAUGCACGGAGUACAUUCAAGAACAUUCUUUAUUGAGAAUAAUAGCAUAAAUACAUAUAAACAUUUUUGUCUUUCAUAAAAUAUAAUGCGACUUAAAAGAUCAGAAGUUAAUUAAUAUCUGGUACUUACUAGCAAAGAACAUAUCAGUUAUUCACCAAUAUAGUAAGUGUUUUAUAAACUCUCUGUUUUAUGUGUCACUCUUGUUUUGACUAACCUAGUUAGGAGUAUUUUUCUGGAACUUCCUCAAAAUCCAGACUAUGAUGUCAAAUAUGCUAACAAAUUUCUCAUCAUCAGGAAUGACAAAAGGAAUUAUUCUCAAUCAAAAAACUGAAAAAGAAAAGGCAAAGUUUGGAAUUAAAAAGUAUCAAUCCACAUUUAUCCUUUAACAAAUCCAUAGUGCUCAUUAUCUCUAACCUAGUGACGUUGGAGACAUUAGAGAAGAAUAAGAGUCCAAAAGCAUGAGUGCUGGAGGAAAAAACCAUAUUACAUAAUUGGCCUCUCAAAUACGAUAGAAUUUAUUAGCUUAAAGGAGUAAACAUAUUUAAGAUUCUAAUAGAUUGAGAUAGUGAAUCGAACUAAUGAAAAGUCAUACCUGUUUCUACUGCUACUACAGAAAGAGCAUUUUCAGCAAUGAAGCAUGUGAAGACGGCACUUCGUAACAAAAUGGGAGAUGAUUUUCUUGAAGAUUCAUGAUGAUCUACAUUGAACGGGAUUUGGCCAAUAAGAUAGAUGUAGAUUCUAUUAUUGAUGAAUUUUAUACUUGAAGUCGCGUAGGGCACAACUUAAAUGAUGUUUUGAUGAAUAUUUAAAGUGUUAAUGACUAGACUUAUUAUUACGUAUGUGUAUUUCAAUUUUUUCCCUAGCCCACCCCAUUAUAACUUUCUGGAUCCGCCCCUGUAACAGUCUGAUCCUUCCUCCUCAAAGCUUGAUUAUAACUUGCUAUCUGCGCGCAAUUUUUCCUUUACUACUAGUUUAGUUUUGCUUUUGUGAGCUUUUAAUAAAUGGAUUUGGUUUUAAAUCUGAAUUGUUGGAUUCACAUUUCCUUACUUUUCAUCAGUUGCUGAUUUAGUCCGAUAUACGUUAGCAGAUCUUGAAAUGGCGACCUUCGAGCUUUAUAGGAGAUCAACGAUUGGUAUGUGCUUGACGGAGACGCUAGAUGAGAUGGUAUCCAGUGGCAUCCUUAGCCCGGAGCUUGCCAUCCAAGUCCUUGUUCAGUUCGACAAGUGGGUAUUUUGAUGCAGUCCAUGACUGAAGCUUUGGAGUCUCAAGUGAAGAACAAGGUCUCCGUCAAGGGGCAUCUUCACACAUAUCGGUUCUGUGACAAUGUUUGGACUUUUAUCUUACAAGAUGCUGUGUUCAAGAGUGAUGAAUGCCAGGAGACUGUUGGACACGUUAAGAUUGUGGCAUGUGAUUCAAAGCUUCUCUCCCAGUAGUGAGAUACGUUUGCAAAUGACGAAAAAGAAAACCAUUAAACAGAGUUUUUCAGUUCUGUUGUUUCAUAGAAAUUCGAUACUACUAAUGAAGAAAUAUGAAAAGCUGGGGGUUUCAUCUUUUGGCCAUAUUUCCCAGGCCAGGGAUGAAAUUGCAAUACCUUUCUGUGUCAACCUCGCAAGCCUCUACAAUGUUAACUUCACUUCAUUCCGCCAUAGUCUCCUUUUGUCCCUUUGUACUAUAUGGCUUAGUUCAAGUGUAUCAUCCCAUGCUUUGGCGUGCUGAAUUCUGAACCAUUCGCCUUAUUUCAUGUAUUUAUUCUCUAUUUUAAUGAGUGGAUGAUUGCCAUUUCAAGUUAAUCGUUUCCCGGACUUGAAUUAGUGUCUGGAUUUUAGUUUGUCUGACAUAUUUGCUAUCAGGUAAACUUUGUAAAUGUCAGUUGAUACAUAAUGUAAUUGGAACUGAUAUCAUAUUUCUCCGAGCUUUACAUUUAUUUCUAUAUUUUAACUUUCAAAAUCCGAACUAUGUAAAACAAAUAUUGUAUCGACUGACCUGAUAUUUUAAUGGUAUUUAUUAUCACAA